AUGUCCUCGUCUAUUAUUACUUCUUUGACCCCAAACCAAGUCAACGAUGAGUUGAACAAGAUGCAACAAUUUAUUAGAAAAGAAGCUGAAGAAAAAGCUAGAGAAAUUGAAUUGAAGGCUAACCAAGAGUAUGAAAUUGAAAAGACUAGCAUUGUACGUUCCGAAACCGCUAACAUUGAUGCUAACUCCGCCGAUAAAUUAAAGAAAGCUAAUUUGAAGCAACAAAUUACUAAAUCUACUAUUGCUAAUAAGACUAGAUUAAAGGUUUUAACACAAAGACAAGAAUCUUUAAAUGAAAUCUUUGAAGAAACUAAAGAUGCUCUAGUUAAGAUCACUAAGAACAAGCAACAAUAUAAGCCUAUCUUACAAUCUUUAAUACUUGAAGGCCUUUUGAAAUUACUAGAAGAUUCCGCUCUAGUGAGAGUUACUCCUGCUGAUAAGCAAUUGGCUAAUGAAUUAAUUCCAAGUUUAGUAAAGGAAUACAAAGAAAUCUCCAAGAGAGAUAUCAAUAUUAUAAUCGAUACUGAAGAUGCUUUAGCAAAGGAAGAUAUUGGUGGUGCGAUUGUUACAGAUGCUGCCAAGAAAAUCGAAUUGAACAAUACAUUAGAAGAAAGAUUGAAAUUACUAAGUGAGGAAGCUCUACCUGCUAUUAGAUUGGAAAUGUUCGGUGUCACCAAGACCAGAAAAUUCUUUGAUUGA